AGAGCAGCAUCGUCUCGUCCGUCGACGAUCUCGAACCAAGGCUGAUUCCCCGAGAGAGCGCGCGUAUAGCGUACUCGUGCGGAUGGAGGGAGAGGGUGUACGGCUAAGCGGCGUGGCCUGGCGUGGCUGGCCUUUGCUGCCGCCGACUGCCUUCUAGGCGGCAGGAAUGGCUUCGCCGGCGGCCGAGAACGUGUUUGGCGGCCGCGGUCGUAGCGCCGCUGACAGGUCGGACCGCUUCACUAACGGCACCCCGUACGGCCUCUCCUCUGCUUCUUCUUCAAGGCACUACCGCUCGGGGCGACCGAUCGUAGCAGGGGGAGGAGGAGGUGCUCCUGCGGCCAUGACCUACCGCAGGGGAGCCAAGGACGAUGGCUGCUGCAGUGUCGGAUUCCUCAAGUGCCUGCUGCACACCUUCAACUUCAUCUUCCUGCUGUCGGGAUGCGCGGUGCUGGGCGUGGGUGUGUGGACGCUGGUGGCCAAGCGGCACCACCUGAGUCUGCUCACAACGGUCACAUACGCCUCGACGGCCUACAUGCUCCUCCUGGCUGGAGCACUAGUCAUCCUCGUCACGGCGCUCGGUUGCGUGGCCGUCUGCCGCCUGCAUCGGUGCUUCCUCCUGGCCUACACGUUCCUGCUCCUGUUGAUCUUCCUGAUGGAAGCCGUUGCGGGGAUCAUUGCGUACGUCUACGAAGAACAGGUGUGGAACGAAUUGGCUGAUGGACUGAACACAACUUUCGUCGAGAGCUACGGCACUGACGCAAGCAGAACAGAGGCGAUCAACGACUUGCAGCGCAGUUUCAAGUGCUGCGGUGCCAAUGGUUUCGACGACUGGAAGCACAGCAUGUGGCUUCGCAAGAACUCUCGUACCAACAACAAGGUUCCAGACUCUUGCUGCAAGACCAUAGGGAUUGGCUGUGGCAAGUUGGCCCACCCCUCAAACAUCUACUACGAUGGAUGCAUCAAUGCACUUGAUGAACAGAUACGGGAGCAUUUAAUCAUCAUAGGAGCUGUUGGCCUUGGAAUAUGCCUUGUUCAGGUUUUCGGCAUGAUAUUCUCCUGCUGUCUGUACUUGAGGUUACGGGACUACAGGAGGCAUCCGCAGUACUACUGAUGUUGCAUUUGGAAGGUUUUCAAGGAAGUAAUAGCUGCAAAUCAGGGACGGGGGAUUUGUGCAGCACGAAAUGCACAAUACCAUGCUUAAAAAAAAGUUGCAUUGCUUCUGGUGUCUUUCUGUCAUAGCAUGAUAACCAUUAUCUACCUUGCCUGCAUCUUCUCAGUUUAACACCACAUGCCUGGCGAAUGGUUUACAGGCUAUCAGUGUGGCACAGCUUUCUUGGCAGAACAGUAGUGAUUCCACUCUUCAAUAAAGCAAAUGCAAGCAAGCCAGGUAACAAUUGUUGUUGUGUGACAGAAAGACGCUCUGACAGGUUUAACUUCUGUUUCAGAGUGAAAAACGUGAUGCGCCUUAGUAUGCAAGAACAGGGAGUUUUCGGGCCUUUGAUUUGUACAUAGUUGGGUCGUAGAGCUGUUUAGUUUAUUUAUUUGGUGCGCUAUAUACCAAGGAAAGAAUCUCUGUGUCAUCUUGUGUUCAAUUGUUUUUAUUUCAUUUUUUGCUUGUUUGUACAUACAUAAGUGUUCUGAAAUGCUGUGAAAUGCAAUGUGUAAUUUAGUGUGACUCAACACAUAUUGUGAAGCUUUGUGUCAAGGUUGUGCUAAGCCAACGUCGGUGGUCAACUCAUCAUUACUUCUGAAUGCGUGCUGUUUUGUUUUUUUCUCUGACAGAAUCAAUAACCAACAACAAAAAAAGGCAUAUGAGAGAAGGCCUCAGUGUACAGAGGUGUUGGAGUCACAUGCAGCUGAUUCUGUAUAGGAUCUGUAGCGUUACCUAUUUAUAAACUGUGCUUAGCCUUCCUGUGAAGAUAGUGGCUGUUAGAUGUAAAUAAAUUGUUUCCUCAAUGUUGCAA